UCGCCGAAUCGCGGCCGUACGCAUAGUCGCGAUUUCAACGAAAUCUCAAUUAAUCGUUGAAACUAAACAGGGUUCACUCUUUCACAGCUAAGUUGUGUCGUGUGGUUUUAUUGUAUUCGGAUUGGACGCUGCCCGCUGCAGUCGUAGCUUCACCAACCACGAACUAGGACACUCCCGAAGUCAGGCCUAGAACAACUCUAAGACUCGUGUGGACGACACCGACACGGCAGACGAAGAAUCCGGAUUUAGUCCGCUAACGAGUUAGAACUAAAAUUUGUCAACAUGCAGAGGGCAUAUUGUACGGUUUUUGCGUUGAUUAUUAGCAUUUCGUUUGUAUUCGCAGACAAUUUAUCACCAAAUUAUUGGUCGUCUGACGAUGACACACUACCAGAAGUGCUACCAAAAAAGAUGCGCGACAAAAGCGAUGACGAGAUUCAAAAAGCUGUUUUUCAAGCAUUUGAAAACCAGCUCAAAGUGAUUUCUGAAUACACUGGGCACGUGUUGGAUCCAGAAUCUCCGUACGGAUUCUUCAAAGACGAAAUGCCGAUUUCAAACGCGAGGACUUCUAAUCCGCAAUCUGAUCUCAUAUUUUACAAUAAUGCCAUUAGAGGGUUUAUUGGACAUAAUAAAAACAGUAUUAUCAUUAAAUGGGCCCCAAAUCAGGUCGUUACUGAACUAGGAUGGAAAGAAAUGAGUAUCAGAGGAAGGUAUACUUUCAUGAAUUCUUCGUAUUUUGAUCAAGGAAAGUACCAUAUCCAAUUACAAGAUAUGAAGUAUCUUGCUAGCACUACACUUUCAGAAAACACCGAAUCAUACCCAUCGUCCGUACCAAAAUCUAGCAUUUCAUACAAAAGUGUUAAGGUAUCAUUCACAGGUGGUUUACCAGAAUUAUUAAAGACUAGUGAUUCUACUAAUGUCAAGCACUUCAUUGAAGAUAUCGUUUUCCAACAAGUAGCCGAUCGCGUAGUCAGGGACACUCACAACAACAUCACCGUGGCCAUACGUCAAGUCAUUAAACCGUACGUCAUGAUCAAAAACGACACCGAAAAAAACUUUCCCGGUACAAACGGAAAGCUUCCCAGUGGCAGCGUAGGGUACAGCAUCAGCAACACGGUCAUUAGUGGCUUGGCUAAUGCUGAACACAAAUUAAAAAAGGUCACCACGAAAAUGGCCACCAACACGGUUACAGCUGAUGUGCGUACAACGAUUCAUAACUUAGAUGGAAAAUUCGACUUCAAGCUCGAGGAGAGUAAGCCUACCGUCGGCAAAGCAACGUUCAUCAUUAGCAGAAUCGAUGUCAACCUAUCGUUCAACAUGCUCAAGCCCGUCGAAUGCAAGGCCGAGAUCGUAGUAAACCAGCCGAAUGUUAAAUACGGUACAAAGUUGUCGGCCGACAUUGAAAAAUCAUUGACAAACGCAUUUAUCGAUAAUGUUAAAAUCCAAUUGAGCACAAAUACCUGCAAGGCUUUGGGCCAGGUGGCUAAAGCUGGAAAAUAAAACAAACAAAAACUAUUUCAUUUAUCCUAGAAUCGUCGUACAGCUUAUUUUUAUAAUUAACUAUUUUUUUUAACCGCACGGUUAAGACAAGUAAUUAUUAAUCAAGGAUAACUAUUUUUAAAUUAUUGUUUUUGCCCCAAUAAAAUUGUUAUUUAACUAACAUAAUAAUAUUAUUGAACAUUCACAAUAUUACAAAAUAUACGUAUAAUAUAUAAACAUGUGUGAAAUUAAUGAAAUAAUUUUAUGAACACGAUGUAAGUACACAUGUAAUAUCGAUACAAUAAUGUCGAAAAAUAAUUUGGUAUAAUGUAUAAAUUGAUUAUAAUUUAAGUUGCUUAUGUUAACUAAAUUGUAAUUAGUCUAAA